AUGUUUGAAAAUAAUAUGUAUUGCUUAGAACAUUUAGAAAAUAAAAUCCUCAAUGUUUGCAUUGCAAAUCACUAGUGUUAAAGAAAGCUUUGUUAUGAAUGUGCUCAUAAUGAACAAGUUUCUUAAGAAUAAUUGAUUCCAAUUUCAAAUUUCCCGGAUUACAUAUUAAAAAAAUAAAAAAACUUAGUAGAUACAACAAUAGAAAAAACAUUAUAAUUAAGACUUAAAUUUAAUUAAUUCAAGAAGUAGUUGGAGAUUUUAGGAGAACAAUUCUAAAAGUGUUUAUCAGAUUCAUUAAAAUAAAUUCAGGAGAUUUUAAAUUCAAUAGAUAGAGGAGAUUAAAUAUAUUCAAGAUUACUAAAUUUUUAUCUUAAGCCAACAGAAAUCUCCUAACUUGACUUGGAAUUAAUCAUUAGAUCAAUUAAUUAAAAUAAAUUAGAAAGAUGGAAUAUUGAUAAAGAAUCUUUUAUAAAUCCAAUAAUAGAGAUCUAAAAACCUAUAGAAUAGCAUUUAAGAGAUUUUUAAACAAAAAUAUUUGAGUAAUUAAAAGUUCUUCCUUAAUUAAAGUACUAUAAGAAUUAUUAUGAUAGUGAAAAAAUAAGAAAAAAUAAAAAUAGAAAUUGGUAAGUAGGAAAAAUAAAGACUACAGGAAUGUAAACAAAUUUUAAUCUUUAUUUUCUUGAAUAUUAAUUAUAAAAAACUCGUUUUAUAGUUGAAUAUACCAAUGAUGCAGAAAUAAUACAUAUUAAGGAUGGAGUAAAAUUGAAAAAGUAUUUUAAAACACGAUAAUAUUCAUAGAGAAAAAAUAACAAAUGAAUUAAAAUCAUAGAAUGUGAUUAGGAGUUUAGAUUAAAUAAGAUGUUUAGAAUGGACAAGAAGAAGUGAUAAUUAUUUAGAAUUUGAAAAAUGGAUGGCCUUAAGUAGAAGUGAAUCAUUUGAAUCAGGAGGAUUUUAAACAAAGGAUGGUAUAAAAAUAGGAAAGUGGAUCGAUUUAUUUGAAAACUUUAAUAGGUUAGCAUUAUUAUUUAUAAAGAUAAUCUUUAACUUUUUAUGAAGGAAACUAUAAUUACGGAUAAAAAGAAGGAUUUUGGGAUAUAUUAUCGAAAGAUCACAUAAUGUUAUUUCUUUACUUUAAUUUUAGAGGAUGCGGGGUUUAUAAUGAUAAGGGUUGUAAGAAUGGUUUAUGGGUUGAUUUACAUGAGAAUUAUUCGGAGUAAUUAGCUAAUUUUUAUACAAGCCAUUGUAAAAUCCUUUACAUCGGUUAAUAUUAAAGUGGGCAAAAAAUUGGCAAAUGGGAUACCUAUUAUAAAGAUCUUAUUAUGUUAAUAUUUCUGAAUAUAUAGUGGCGGUGGUAUUUAUAAUAAUAAAGGUUCUAAAUUUGGAAAAUGGAUAACUCUGCAUGAAAACUUUUAGGAGUCAAUAUUAUUAUUUAUUAUAGUCUGUGUUAGGUUACAUAUUCUGGAGAAUAUCAAGGAAGAAAAUUUGGAAGUUGGAAUAUUAUCUAUUAAAAUGAAAUUAUGUAAGAAUUUAAAUUCUAGUCUUAUCAUUAGUGGUGGUGGCCCUUAUGAUAGAAAGGGAUAAAAAAAUGGAAGAUGGAUAGAAGUUAAUGAAAAUUUUUUAGAGUAAAUUGAAAUUAAAAAAUUAGUUAUUGCUAUAAUCUCUAUGAAGGUGACUAUGUUGCUGGCAAAAAAUAAGGGGUUUGGACUGUAUUUAUGAAGGAGAACGAAAUAUAAACAAAAAUGUUAAAAUUAAGAUAUUUUUCUUAGAGGUGAGGGCUAUUAUAAUAAAUUUGGAUUAAAACAAGGAAUGUGGGUUGAACCAUUUAGAAAUUUUUUCUUGUAAGUAUAAUUGGUUAAAGAUAGGGGAGGCAAAAUCACAUUUAAUGGAGAAUAUGAUAAUGAGAUUAAAAAAGGGUUGUGGUUAGCUUAUUUUUAAGAAUAAGAAAAUGAAUUUUUAUAAAUGUAAAAAUUAAUUUUAUACAUUUAAAGCGGUGGUGGUUCUUAUGAUUAAAAUGGUGUAAAAGUAGGAAUUUGGAAAGAACUAUUCGAGUUCUUUUCUCAGUAUUAAUAUAUCAAUCAACAGUUUAGUCGCGGUUAAAUUAUUUACGAAGGGGAAUAUAAAAAUGGUAUUAAGUAUGGAAAAUGGAAUAUUAUACAUAGAAAGUUUAAACAUCAAGAAUUUUAAUUAAUGUAAAAUUCAUAAUAUAAUUACAAUAGAGGAGGUGGAGAGUAUGAUGAUGAUGGAAUGAAACAUGGAUAAUGGAUAGAUUUUAAAGAAGAUUUCUCAUUGUUUAAUUUUAUAUGUGAUUAUUUUAGUAGAGACAGUUUAUUUUCUAUAGAAUAUCGUCAUGGGGAUAUUAUAGGAAAUUGUUAAAGUAUUUCUAAGUCAGCUAAAAAAUCUAAUAAUAUUUGA